GAGAGAGAGAGAGAGAGAGAGAGAGAGAGAGAGAGAGAGUGGGGGAGAGAGAGGAUGAGAGAGAGAGAGAGAGAGAAAGAGAGAGAGAGAGAUUUGUGCCCACAAUGGCGACUGUAGGUAUGCUAAAUACCUCUGGUUCCUUAUCCGGGAACUACCUCUUACUCUGCUAUUGGGCCAUUGGGUCACGUGGUAAAAGUAACUUUACAGGGCUGCUCGCAAGUAGGAGGGCUUUAUGGAGCAGAAAAACGACAAAGCUAGAAAAAUUAUUUUCCACUCCAGAAAUUAAUGAUCAUGAGCUCGUAUUUGAUGGAGUCUAACUACAUUGAUCCGAAAUUUCCUCCAUGCGAGGAAUAUUCGCAAAAUAACUACAUCCCUGAGCAUAGUCCAGAAUAUUACAGCCGCGCAAGGGACCCUGGCUACCAGCAUCACCACCAGGAGUUAUAUCCUCCGCGGGCGAGCUACCAGGAGCGCCAGUAUAACUGUGCAAGCAUCCCUGAACCUGACACGCCAAGGGGACAUGGAAUACCCCAUUCUGCGCACCUGCUGACAGGGAAAGGGCAACCUGCUUCAUGUGAAACCCCUCAGUUAUCCAUGUCCCCCGCCACCCCACCGGCCGCAACCUCCGCCUGCAACCAAGCUACCCCGGAGCAUCCAAACAGCACAGCCUCCUCCAAGCAGCCCGUGGUGUACCCAUGGAUGAAGAAAAUUCACGUCAGCACUGUGAACUCGAGUUACAAUGGGACGGAGCCCAAGCGGUCUAGGACAGCAUACACCCGGCAGCAAGUCUUAGAAUUGGAGAAGGAAUUCCACUAUAACCGAUAUUUAACUCGGCGGAGGCGCAUCGAGAUCGCCCACACCCUGGUUCUCUCCGAGCGACAGAUUAAAAUCUGGUUUCAAAACCGCAGGAUGAAAUGGAAAAAGGAUCACAGGCUCCCGAACACCAAAGUGAGAUCCUCUUCCUCCUCCUCCGGGUCCAACACAAGCUCAGCAGCCGGCGCUGUUGCCGCUGCCUCGGCCACUAACACUGGGGCCCCCGACGAACUCACCGGAGCACAGCAUGGCGAGGAUAUUACCAGGUUAUAAAAACACGAACCACGACCGUGGGUAGAAAAAGAACUGGUUAUUUAUAGAACAAUUAUAUAUUUUGUUUUUCGUAGCUAUCUUGUGCGGUUUCCUUUAAGUCCAAAGUUAUAUAAAAUGCAUGUUAUAUAGCAUGGAUUACUGCGAAUACCGAUGAAUUAUUUUUACGUGACACAGGGUUUAAUUUAUUUGAAGCUCAAUUAAAAUGAUGUUUUUUAUUAAAAAUGUUUUGAAUGAAGGAAAAAAAAAGUAGAAAAAAAAAUAUACAUUUUAUCAAAAUGUUAUUGUGGGCCAUUCUUUUGCCCUGCUGCCCAAGGUGAAAUGCACAAUCUAUUUAUUUCAAGCAACACUGGAAGGAAAUCAAUAUAAUAAUAGUUAUUUUUGGUAUAAAAAAGCUGGAACACACCAUUGAUCUUGAACUUGUAUGUUUAGGAUAAUAACAAUGUGUGAAUUACCUCGUGUAUUUCAAGAACAGGAUUUUGAUUUACAAUUUAGUUUUGUGGUGUUGAUGUUGUGUUU